AUGGCACGGGGAACCAUGGUACCCACCCUUUUGGUGUUGCUUCUAGCCGUUUGCUACGCAACCACCGUCGUCCAUGCCAAGGAGUGGACCGUUGGUGACAACAAGGGAUGGAGCUUCGGCGUCUCUGGAUGGGAGCGUGGCAAGCACAUCCAGUCCGGCGACGUGCUUGGUGAGAACUCUAAAGAUCAAGUGGGAGAAGGCGACUACAACUCAUGCAGGGUCUCGGGCCCGUCGAGGACCUACACCUCCGGCAAUGACCACAUCCAGCUCGCCCGCGGAGGCAAAGCAUUCUUCAUCUGCAGCCUUCCGGGUCACUGCCAGCAAGGCAUGAAGAUCGCUGUCACUGCUUAA